UUGACGGAGAUCACUGACGCUUAGACCUGGGAACGGGAUCUUGGGACGUGGUGACAGUAAUGACCAAGCAACUCCUUCAUAAGCGCAUCCAGCACCGAUGAGUGUCAGUGGAACGAAAUUGCUUUUCGUCUUUGCUUGGAUCCUUGGCUGCACUUAUACUCGUUAUUACGAUCCACUUGGCCUAACAAAUUCGUCAGUGAGGCCUCCGUAUACUUGUGCUAGGGUAUAUACUUGAGAUGGAGCUUGAAAUCGGCAACUCCAAGGUGUUCAGCGCUUCUUUGCCUUCAUUGAUCGCCACUGCAGUCGCAGCCUCGAAUUGCUCUGGGAGAUCGAAUAUCCAGGCCACCCAGACCUAUAGCACCGGAUCGCGGCAGUAUGUUGCAGGCAUGGCAGCCUUCUUCACCUCGUCGAUCCACAUCGCGGUGAACAACUCGAUCCCUUCAGCGCACUCGUAGUAGUCAAUUAAGACAGCCACCUUCGCAAGCAACUCGAAAAAGGCGAUCCGUGGCACUCGAAAGAGACGAUCCGCGGCACUUGUUUAUUGCGCAAGUGAAAAAUUUGCAGUAGCAUGAGGAAUGCCUGCUCGUCCCGAUUGUGAGCGAGAACUUCGUAAUGUCCGUUAACCAGCUUGAAUUCGGCCUAGCCUUCUCUAGCCAUGGCGCGUUUGAAUCAGGGCGAAGCGAGCUGUAGGUGACGUGAAGGGACGUGAAGGGACGUGGUAGUGAAUGACCCCCUCAUCUUGAGUUCGGCAGGCGAGGUACCUUGGGCCACCUCUGAGCAGCUCUGGGCUUCCACUACUGGCCGGUUUGCGCGCUUUUUUCUUCUUCUUCUUAUUCUUCCUCUUCCUCUUGUUUUUUUCUUCUUCUUCAAUACUCCUGCAAUCUGGUAG